UACACCAGACAAAUUGUGGGCACCGAUUAUGUCAGAUAAUAGUGCGUCUUCUAGUGGGUCUGGUAAAAGUAAACGCACUGCUCAUUUAUCACCUGCUUCCAAUUUACAUAUUUGGGUAUCACAAUGGUCACGAAAAGAUGUGGAGAAAGAAUUACAAAUUUAUUGUAGCGACACAGCGGUAACUCCUUCAUCGAUUUUGGAAAAAAUUACAAAUGAAGAAUUAAGCGAAAAACAAAGUGAAUAUAUGGAGAAGGUGAAGCGUUAUUUAAAUUUUGAUAUUAAAUUUAUGGAACUGAUAUUAUCUCAAUCGGUGGCUCAUUAUCCUGCAACAGGCAUUACCCAACACCUGAAAGAUGUAAUAAAGGACACUAUAGAGAGGUCACUGAAAGAUCCAGAUAGAUUUGUUAGAUCAACUAUUAGAGAGUUUAUGAUAGCUGUCCAGACACUUUCUAGAAAAUGCGAAGAGUACAGAACACAUUUGAAAAAAACAAUAUAUGAAGGAACAUUUACACGUUUUAUAAGUGAUUUUGCUGUGUUAUGCUGUUUGAAACCAGAGUGUACGCUUGGUAAUGCUAAAGGUGAGCCAUCUAUUUGGGAAAAUUUUAGAGGUUUACAAUGUGCAAUUUCAAAUCCUGAUAUACGAUUGAUGAAAAGAGGUCUACCAGAAGAAUUCUGUUCCAGUUGUGAGGAAACAGAAUGGCCAGUUGUUUCUAUUGUGGAGGUAAAAAUGCCUUCAGAUUUGAAGUUUAUGAAUGAAUCAGGAAGGGAUUCAGUCGAUGAACUUGCUAGGAGAAUGGAGUUUACAAAACUGAAACCAUCUGCAGGAAAUAGUUCAUCUUCAGAAUCAACAUCCUCAGACAAUUUGUCCGCUGAUCUCUCAAGAGUUUGUAGAAAGAAGAAAAGUUCUUCAAAUGUGACCAUCAGCUCACGAUUCCUACCUAUAUACAAUAGUAAUAAGGUUUUUGGCCAGCAUGCAGGAGAAUUGCUAUUUGACCUGAACAGAUGUUUAAAAGACUCAAAUGCAAAAGUUGGAAGAAUGCCUGGCAUGAUAAUUGAUGGUGUAAAGGUCAUCUUUACCUUAUUAGAAAUAAGAGUUUCACAUCUGGAGAAGCUGAGGAAGAACCAAAAGCUAAAUGAUGAUGAUAAAGCAUUAAUUUACUAUUCCAUUCCAUAUGACGUCUUCAAUCAAACAGAUCGAAACAUUGUGAUGGAAUAUUUCAUUAAACUCAAUAAUGUGAAGAGUUAUGGUUAUAAUGAAUUGGAAGUAACCCCAUCAGCAUCUGAGGAUUCAGCUUACUCAUCUGAUGUAGAUCAUGCAAAGUCUGUUGAUUCUUAAACUUCCCACGAGUAAGAAAUAUGUAUAUACAGUGUAAAAAUAAUCUUAUUUUUAUCUUUAAAAUCAUCUACAGCAAAUUGGAUAUAUAGCAAUUAUUAGGUUUAUAUAACCAAUUAUUGCAAACUCAAUAACCAUGAAUUCAAAUACCCACAAACCAAUGAAUUUUCCACAAACCAUGAAAAUUAAAACUAACGAAUAAAGGUAUACUUUCACAGUACAUCUAAUAUUAUUAGACUUUACUAUAGCAGCUGAGUAAAAAAUAACUGUUUUUUUUUUCAGUUGUUGGUUAAUAUCCCUUACUUUUUAUACGACCGCAAAAAAAUUUUUGUGGUCGUAUAUUGGUAUGACGUUGGCGUCGUCGUUGUCAUCGUCGUGGUCGUCGUCCGAAGACACAUUGGUUUUCGCACUCUAACUUUAGUUUAAGUGAAUGGAUCUCUAUGAAAAUUUUACCACAAGGUUCAAUACCACAAAAGAAAGGUUGGGAUUGAUUUUGGGGGUUAUGGUACCAACAGUUAAGGAAUUAGGGGCCAAAAAGGGGCCAAAAAUAAGCAUUUUUGUAACUUCCAGACAGAACUUGUGUGUUAGUGUAUGGAUCUUUCUGAAAUUGUACUACAAGGUUCCAUAUCACAAAGGGAAAGCUGGAAUUGAGUUUGGGGGUAAUUGCCCAAAACGUUUAGGAAUAAGGGGCCAAAAGGGGGCCAAAAAUUAGCAUUUUUUUAAAUUUCCAGACAAUAACUUGUGUUCAAGUGUAUGGAUCUCUCUGAAAUUGUACUGCAAGGUACCAUACCACAAAGGGAAGGCUGGGAUUGAUUUUGGGGGUAAUUGCCUCAAAAUUGUAGGAAUUAGGGGCAAAAAAGGGGCAAAAAAACAAGCAUUUUUCUAGUUUCAGGACAAUAACUUGUGUGUAAGUGUAUGGAUUUUUAUGAAAUUGUACUACAAGGUUCCAUAUCAUAAAGGCAAAGCUUGGUUUGAGUUUGGGGAUAAUUGCCCUAAACGUUUAGGAAUUUGGGGCCAAAAAGGGGCCAAAAAACAAGCAUUUUUCUAGUUUCCAGACAAUAACUUGUGUUCAAGUGUAUGGAUCUCUCUGAAAUUGUACUGCAAGGUACCAUACAUUGUAACACAAAGGGAAGGCUGGGAUUGAGUUUGGGGGUGAUGAAUCAUAAGGGGGUUCAAAACAUUUGAGGGGGGAUUUUUUUCCCCUUUUUUUUCUUUAAAAUUUUCCAUUUUAAAUUGGUUAUUUCUGAUUUUUAUAUAAAAGCAAAUAAUAAUGAUAUGGUUUGAAUAG